UAUUUGAAGCGUGUGGAAGACAAGCACUUUGGGUGCAGACAACAUGGCCGCAUGCGUGUCUGAAAUUUUCUUUACUGUUUGCCAAUGAAAAACCUCGUAAAUAAGCUAACUUCCUUUUCAUUUUAUCCGUUCAAAAACUUAAAAGGACAUUCUUUCAAUAUCUAAGACGCAUUAUCGCCGCAAAAAGGAAUAAAAACAAAGAAAAAUGUCAUCAUAUCCUGUUCAAAACCAGCCGUCCAUGGUACAACAAAACCAUCGUAACAAAGCUGGAAUGAUGGGGAGUGGUAUUUUACCGAACAAUUCCAACAACAACAACAACAACAACUCUAUGCCAAGUCCUCUGAUGUCCGUCAACAACAGCUAUCAUACACAAACGCAAUCUCUUGUUGGCGGUCUACAACAGAAGGUCUUAAUCCCUGGUACAAUAGCCACCAAUCAGAACCAGCCACCUGCCUCUUCACUGACCAAUCAGAGCCCUCCUAAUCCUAUUAACAUGGCUGGAGGUGUUGCUGUUGGUUCCCAGAUUGCAACGCCACCUGGUGACCAGCAGCCGACUACUGUCAGCAUCCAAUCUUUAGAAGAGAGCGAGAACAAUACCCAAGAAACCAUGUUGGCAAACACAAAAGAGAAAACCCCAAUGUGUCUGAUCAAUGAGUUAGCUCGUUACAACAAGAUAGCACAUCAGUACACGCUGAUAGAUGAGCAGGGCCCCGCCCACAAGAAGACCUUCUAUGUCCAGCUGAAGCUCGGGGACAAGGAGGAGUACAAACAAUCAGGGGCCAGUAUCAAGAAGGCUCAGCACGCUGCAGCAGCCGAGGCAUUGGAGAAUACCACCUACACACACCCACCACCCAAGCCCCCAAAGGUUGUCCUACAGAGGGACGUGGAUAUGACCACACCUACCGUGGAACUGAAUGCCUUAGCUAUGAAGCGUGGGGAACAGACAAUGUACCGCCCCCUAGACAACAGACAUCAGAACUACUACCCUCCCCCCAACUACAACUACCGAGGCAUGUACCAACAGAGGUAUCACUAUCCUAGAGCCCCUCGGGUGUUCCAAGUGUGUCUGAAGGUAGGGCCACGAGACUUUGUCGGUGAGGGCCCCACGCGACAGGAUGCUCGACAUGAUGCCGCAACCAAGGCUCUGGCCAUGCUAAGUAAGUUGCCAGUGCCCAGCGAACAAGACCAGAAGGCUGAGGCAGUGAUAACGCCCACAGAGGACGGCGACGACAUAGACAAACUGAAGUCUGAGAUCAGCCUAGUCCACGAGAUUGCACUCAAGCGGAAUUUGAAAGUCAGCUUUGAUGUUAUACGUGAAUCUGGUCCGCCCCACAUGAAGACGUUUGUGACACGAUGUUCUGUGGGAGAGUUUGAAACUGAGGCUGAGGGCAACAGUAAAAAGAUGUCUAAAAAGAAAGUUGCUGAGAUGAUGCUGGAGAAACUACGAGAACUUCCUCCUCUGCCUGUGUCUGCCAUGAAGCCAAGAAAUAAACCAAACAACAAGAAAAAGUCCAAGAAUAUCAUCAAAGUUAGUCAAGUACAGAAGGCUAACCCAGACUACGGCGUGGGAAUUAACCCCAUCAGUCGCCUCAUCCACUUCCAGCAGGCACAGCAGAAGAAGGAGCCAGUGUACACUCUUGUCACAGAGAGGGGACUGCCAAGGCGCCGCGAAUUCGUCAUCCAGGUACAGGUUGACGAUCAGACGUGUACAGGUGUGGGUCCGAACAAAAAACUUGCCAAAAGACAUGCUGCCGAGGCCAUGCUGACUCUCUUGGGCUACAACAAGCCCUCGCCUCAACCCACCAAGCCAGCCAUCAAAACUGCCACCACCCCAGAGGGUAUGUCCGGGGAAAAGAAGGUGACAUUUGUGGAGAACAAUGAAGAUUCAGUGGGUGACAUGAAUGGUAAGGCUUCUGUCGGUCGACAACUUGUUCCUGGACUCCUCCUCUUACCAGACUCCAAGUAUACAGGGAGCUCGCUGUAUAACCCAGCUCUGUCAGGAAUGGGGGACAGCCUUGGGUUCGGACCAAGUCCACGCCUGCGUCUCGGAGAGAUUGCCUCCAGAUAUGACGUGGACAUCAAAUUUGAUGAAUUUGCUGGCACUACUAACAACACGGAGGUGCUGAGCAGGGUGACACUGAUGACCAACCCACCCCGUAUCUUCCACGGCAGUGGCCCCUCCCCUGAGGCAGCUCGUGACACAGCCUCUCUUGAGGCCCUCGCCUUCCUGGCUAACAUUGGCAAGGACGACAUGACAGCUGGUGGGGAUGGCGCAAAGAUAAAGAAAGAACCAGGAGAACUAGCUAACUCAACAAACCUAGGGAGCACCCAUACAGGGAGGGUUCCCCCUAUGUAGAAGACACAUUACCACAAGUCCUCGUCAGCCAUUCAACUUGAAGGCUUGUCAUCAUAAAAGAUGAGCAAAAACAGACGUUUUACAUACUGACUGUAUUCAAGAGACAUUGUAACGUUUUGGAUUUUCCACUUGCUAUGCUUUCUAUUUCUUAAAAUCUACAUCUCAAGGCUGGGAUGCUUGGCAUGUGUUUAUUUUUAGAAUGGAAUGAUGUGUGAAGUUUGAAAUGUUUGUUUAAAUAAAUUGGGAUGAUCUAACGGUAAAAAAUGGAUAUUUUUGGUAUUAAUAACAUAUCAAUGAAAUAUAAAAAAAAAAAAACGUUUGUUCAGAAUAUGUUUUGUUUAGAAUUCAUUUUUGACCUUCUGAAAGGUUUUAUAGAUCAAGGAAAUUUACAUUUUAUUGUUAAAAUGAUUUGAAAUUUCAUGGCACAAUGUCUGUUUUUGCUUUUAUUCCUGACACCCCUCUUUGGCGUUUCCAAAUUGAAUGUAAAACCUACAUUCGGGAAAGUCCAACAUGCCAUUUAGGGAGGUGAGGGUUAUUGUACAAUUUUGUAGUUAUAUAAAUUGAUGUGUUGGCAAGAUCGAGGAGGAAGCUGGACGAGGUGAUUUUUUUGUUUGACUACAUGUGAAGACAACAUAGUCGUUAAUAAUUGGUAUCAUAGUCAAGAUUAAUCAUUUUGUAUUUUAUGAACAUUUUAUACAUAUAUAACAUACAGGUCUUCAGAUUGGAACAAACUUCAUAAAAGGUUAUUUCGUCUUUGCGUAUUGCAGAGUUAUCUUCUCUUGAGAGCAGGUAUUGAUUGUUACGUCAUUGGUUCGUGCGAGA